UAAAUCACAUCAUAUAAAUCAUGAUCGAUAAAUAUAUUUUUUGUUAAAAAUGUAAGCAAUACAGAUUGCAGAGCCAGUUCCAUUAUGCUUGGAAUAGAAUCACUAAAUUCCUAAGCAAACCAACCAUAUUAAAUGUCAAAAAGAAAAUAGUAAAAAAAAGUAAAAGGUAACUUGAGUUGAGGUUCAUCAAUCAUCACCAACGGAGCAUACUCCGGAUCUUCUUCUAUCCAAAAAAAAAGUACAAGGUUAUUCUUUGAAGAUCACAACAAUUACAAGGUUCUUCAAACAGUUCUCUCAUUCACAAAUCACAAAGAGAACAUAAAGAGGAUCAUGCAAGAUGGAACUAGCAAGGAUGGUAAACAAAAGAGAGCAAAAUCUAAUAAUGAGAAAGACUAUGAAGAAGAUAUCAUAAACCAAUUACCAGAUGGAAUCCCUAUAAACAUUUUAGCAAAUUUACCAAUAAAAGAAGCUGCUAGAACAAGCAUUCUCUCAAGAAAAUGGAAAAAUCUAUGGACAUAUUUUUCAGGAACCUUAGAAUUUGAAGGUUCGCCGAUUAUGAAAGACAUGAUAAAAGAUCUUAAAAAGGUUACAGGAGGGCGUUUACAAAUGGCAAUGGAAAUCAUGUAUGAUGCUGAAAGACAAACAUAUACAAGUUGGAUCAAUGAGUUGUUAAGUUCACUUCAAUGUUCCACUUUACAAGGAUUGAAGUUUUGGUUUCCUAUGAAAAAUGUUAGUGAUAUUGAUAACUGGAUUCACUUUGCAGUUCAAAAAAAGGUUCAAAAGCUUGAACUGUAUUUUGGUCAUACAAUUGUUUAUGUUCUUCCAUUGCACAUCUUUAAGGUGGAAAGAUUUAAUUCCUUGUGUGUUUUGCGUAUGAAAUCGAUUACCGUGACCGACGAAAUGCUAGAGUAUUUAAUGUGUAACUGCCAAUUACUUGAAACAUUGAGUUUAGUUGAUUCAAGAGUUCCAAAAACUAUGAAGGUUUCAGGUUCAUCAUUGAAGUUGAAAUGUUUAGAAUUGGUAAGAUGUUGGGAACUGACAAAAAUUGAAAUUUUUGCUGAGAAAUUAGUAUCAUUCAAAUACUAUGGAUCACAUUUGGAGACAGAAUUCAAGAGUGUUCCAUGCCUUGAGGAAGCCUCUUUUGGAGGAUCCUUUGUGGAGUUUGUUAGAGAAAGCUUUCUGCCACAAAUAAAAGUGCUUAAACUGGAUAUCACACAAAACUCACCUGAAGUGAUUUAUUGGUUAAGUCAACUUCCCAAGUUAAAAAAUCUCAAGCAUUUGGAGCUGGUUGCUUGUGCUGAUGAUGGCAUUAGUGCUUGUGUUAUGUUAUUGAAGGCAUCACCUUCACUAUGGAGGUUAAAAAUCAAGAUGCUAAAUACCAAACCAACUUAUAUUACAGAACAUAAAUUCACAAUGGAAUGUCAUUAUAAUCUUAAGGAGUUGGAAUUGGUUGGGUUUUGUGGAGCAGCAUGUGAAGUUGAAUUAGUUAUGUACAUUCUUGAGAAUACAGAUGAACUCCAGAAAAUAACCAUUGAUACAAGGUUACCAACUAAACCAAAAUUGAGACCUCUGGAUGAGGAGCACUUCGAAACUUGGGAUCUCGAAGAAAAAAAAAGGUGUGCUUGGCGACUGAAGGACAAAAUACCACCUUGUAUUGAAUUUGUUUGCCUUUGACAAUAAUUGUUCAAGCAUCAUAAAUUUUUUUUAUUGAGAACACAAAAUUAUUACAUUAGCAGAGUUUCAGCUCUUACUUAUUGAACGAUAAAACAUUUAAUUAAUGAUAACAUUCCUUAA